UUCUUAUUCAAACUGUCAAAGUUUACAGUUAUAACUCAAUUAGCUUAUAAUGAAUUUCAAAUUGAUUUGCAUUAUUAUUUUGAAUUGUUUGGUUGCAUUUUAUUCUGUAAUACCCAAAAUAACAGCUGCUGCUGUUAUUGUUGUUGUUGCGGCUAUCAGUUAUCUCAGAUAUGAAUACGUGCAAGCUCAACGUGCAACCUCGUGGUAUUCUUCUUUUUCUAGAAAGCCAACCGAAGUUGCAGUGAAUCCAAUUGAGUACAUUUUAAUUCGGGGUGGUGCUUUUGUUAUUGGGUGCGGUUUUUUUAGUUUUCUCAUAUAUGGAAAUGUGCCUCCUGUUCCAACACCCACCACGUCACCAGUUCCGAAACCCACCACACCUCCAGCACCUACUAAAAUAUCAAGUGAAGAUUUCUGUAAGAAUAAUGAAUGCUGCAAUAAUCAAUGGUUGAUUCAGGAUCUUUCAGGUUUGGAAAAAGAAUUGAAUGAAAAAGUGUUUGGCCAGCAUUUAGUCAAUAAACUUGUUGGUAAAGCUGUUAAUUCUCAUAUUAAAAAUAAAGAUUCAAAAUCACCUUUGGUCAUGUCUUUUCAUGGAUGGACUGGAACUGGUAAAACUUUUGUUUCCCAAAUUGUUGCCAAUUCUUUAUUCAAAAAAGGUAUAAAUAGUAAAUUUGUUUAUCAAAAAAUUGUAACAAAAGAUUUUCCACAUAAUUUCCAUUUGGAAAAAUACAAAAUAGAGUUAAAUGAGUAUAUAAAGACUAAUAUAGGGAAAUGUGAGCGAACAUUAUUCAUAUUUGAUGAAUUCGAAAAAAUGCCAGAGGGUCUCGCAAAUGUAAUGACUCCCUAUUUAGAGAACCAAAUAAAUAGUCAAGAUUAUAGAAAAUCAAUAUUUAUAUUUCUGAGCAAUACAGCAGGUGACAAAAUUAACCUUUUUACUAGUAAUCAUUAUACAAGUCGUAAAUCCAGGGAGACAAUUUCUCCUGAUGAAAUGGAAAAAAUUAUAAGCGACGCUUUGAAAUCAUCAUUUGAAGACUCUAUUAUCAUCAAAAACUCAUUAAUAGACUUUUACGUUCCUUUUUUACCUCUGGAGCGAGAACAUGUCAAGCAAUGCGCUAAGGCAGAACUUGAAAGGAAUAAUUUUGAAUACGAAGCAUCCACUUUGGACGACAUUGCUGAUGAAAUGCAUUAUUUUCCUAAUAAAGAACAAUGGUUUUCAUCAACAGGUUGUAAAACAAUUGCAAAAAAAGUGGGUAUUUUAUCAGAACAUUAACAAAUGAUCAAAAUAGUAAACACGAAUAUAUGAUAUAGGAGUUUUUGA